CAAAAAUAUUAAGAGGUUAUUAAUUAAUACUAUUACAUACAAAACCUAACCCAAGACUUUUAAAUAUGCAUGGUUAUUACCAACAAUGACUUGAUCUAGUGGUAAUACCACUAGUAAGAACUUGGAGAUCUCAGGUUCAAAUCUCUUAAAUAGUACCUUAAUCACAAACAAACAAAAAAAUAAUAUAUCACCCUUAUAAAAAAAAUAGACAUAGAAUUAUUGAAUUUAACAUCUAAUAGUUAAAUUAAAUACCGUUGCCAUGAUUUUCCAUACAUACUAGCUCGCUAAUUAAACACUUGAGCGAUGGACACUCGUCGUGCUUAUAAAAAACUUAAUACUAUCAAUAAUCGAGCAAAUGAGUAUAAUGAUAACACAUGAUGCAUCAACUAUUACAUGGUGCGUGCCGAGUGCGUAGUAGUGUAUAUCUAACAUUUAAUACUUGCUUUGCUUCUUUACUUUAUGGAGAUCAAAGUGUAAUAAUAUGUUCUCCAAUUCGUCUAACAUGUUAAAAACCAAAUGAAAAAUCAUUAUACGAAUCGAAACUAGCCAAAUGAAAUUUGGUGGAUCCAAAACCCAUCCAAUAGUGCGAAGAGGAUUAUACACGCAGGUAUGGGAAUCUCAGGAUCUCACUCUGAACCGCCUGCUUGCCUAUCAGAGCUUCGAAGCUAAUGCUCCGCUCUUACAAUACAUGGAAAAGAAGAAACAUGGUUUGUCACGCCGGCCGGCGUACCACUGGUUGAACCUAGUUUAACUUGUACCGGUCAUAAAAUCGAUGUGACAUCACCGGUAUGACCGGCAUGAUCGAUAUACGAAUCUCUAAGUAAAAUGAUCUUAUAUUAGUGAAUUUAUUUGAUAAAAAAUAAUUUAUUAUUUAUUUUAUGUGUUAAAAAGUUAAAUGUUGAUGUUAUUUGUUGGAUUCAAGUACAAAUAUUUAGAUAUUGACGUUAAAUGUCGUGCUUAAAUAUGAGUAUUUUUAAAUUAUUUGUAAUAUUAACCGACAUGAACUGGCACAAACCAGUAUGUACCACCGGUCGAACCAUUCCACUUGCUAAACUGAGACACAAACCGGUUUGACAACCUUCAAGGAAGAGAAGAGAAGGGAAGGGCUUUUGAUGAGCUCAUCUAUCCAUGAUGAUUGAUUUGAUUGCGAUCAUUCAUACCAAACCCACAUUGUAAAACAAAAGUAGUGAUCAGUUCAGUGCCCUUCUCCCAUCACCAAAUUCCACCACUUGUAACCAACCAGAUUCCUCCGUAUAAAGCCUCUCCACGCACUGUGUAAUUAUUUCACUUGUUGGCUGUUGCCAUCAAUCACUCUAAAUAUUCCUUCUCUUUCACAUUUUCACGGGCUAAAUUUGCUCACUCAAAUUAUAUAAAUAUUUCAUAUUUGUUAUCCGAAUUACUUUUAUUUCAUAUUUGCUAUCCGAAUUCUUAUUUGUCACUCACUUACAAAUCUUUUCACCUUUGGUCACCAGCCAUUAGUCUCCAUUAACUCCGUUAAUUUUUUUAUGACAUGGCAAACGGGACUGUUGAUUGGACCAUUAAAAAAUAAAAAAAUUUAAAAAAUAAUCAAUUUAGGCAAUUCCAAGCGUAAACUAAUUUGAGCGAUGUCCGUUAAUCAUGGCAGUGGUGGUGCCGCCGCUAAUACUCAUCACCACCACCGACACAACCUCCACCAACAGCAUCAAUCGAAUUACAGUCCGAUUCCCACCACAAUUGGCAGUGACAGACUAUUUCAAGAAGGAAUCAGUACUUCCCUAGCUGGAGGAGUCGGUGGCGUUGGAGCGGAGCGUGUCGGUUCGAGUUUAGGCGGCGAGGAAGAUAGGCUUUACGGCCGUCCAAUCAGUCGAAGAAGGGCCAGGACGAGACGAAUUCGUCGUUGGCGACCGCAUCCCGAGUCUUCUCGACCUUGUAUUCUUGCAAUGGACGUCGGUGUGGCGCGUCUUCUUGGCAAGGUCGUGGACGGCCUCGGCGGCAGAGGUUCCCCGGCUGAGCUAGACGUAGAGGUUGCCCCAAGCCUCAACGAGCGUCGUCGUUGGGAGAGGGAGGGAGUUGGGGGUGCCACCGUGUCGGAAUCUGUUAGGUCGCCCAUGGAGGAGAAUCGAUUGAUCAGCGGUGGAGCAGUCAUGGCGGAAACCCUAGGUUAGAUACUGGGAAUUGGGGAACGAGGGAAUUGAAUGGAGAAAGAAAAGGUGGGUAGAGACUAGGGAGAGAAGCCUCGCGGGUUGGGGAGCAAAGCCCACAUGGAGAACGAAAAUAAAAUAUUUUUAAUUUAAAUAUUAAUAUUUAUUUAAAUAUUAUUUUUAAAUUGCCACAUCAUCAAACUAAAUGUUAAAGGGUUUCGUUGACUACCACGUAGGAUAAUUUUAACGGAAUUGGACGGCCGAUGACAACGGUGAAACGAUUCAUAAAAUUAGUGGUGAAUAAGAAAGAAAGUAAUUCGGGUGGUAAACAUGAAAGAUUUGUAUAAUCUGAGUGACCAAUCGUGUAAUUUAGCCUUUUGUAUGUGUACCUGCAAUUACUUAAUUAGGCUGCUCAUGAUAUUGCAGUUGUCUCUAUAUUAAUUGGAUUCGAAUUCUCCUUCUAAUUUAUUUUUGUGUUGUGAGGCUCGCAUAAAAAAAUCAAUUUCAAGGACAACCUGAACCUGCUAAAUUAUCUACAUGUGCGAAUAAUAUUCUACUUGAUUCUCGUAUUUUUCCACAUAUAAAGGUUAACGAUCACUUCUCUCUCUAUGAAAUAAACGAACUUACCAUUUUUAUUAUAUAAAUAAUUGUUAAUCCCAAAGUUCGAACCUAAUUGUAGUAAAUGUUUUCAUCUUCAAAUUACUACCAGGCACCAGCCCCAGUCCCAGGGAAGCUCUUGGAUUGAAGUUCACAUUUUGCUAUUUUUUAUGCAUUUCAUUAACAUUUGCCCAUUGUAUGCUCUUCAUGAGAAAAAAGUUAUCAUUUUUUUUAGAAAUAAAUAAUUGAUUUUUCGGACGGAAACAUAUUUGCUAUCUUACCAAAAAAAAAGUUUUGCUAUUUGGAGAACAAAAAGGAGGAAGAAAAAGUUUGGAGUUUGGGAAGAGUAGGAAUUCUCUAACUGGACCCAAAACUAGGCUUUACUCUGGGCUUUCCCGUCCAUGCGAUCCUAAACUAAGCAAAUUUAAUAUUUUGUUAGCCUUAUCUGACCUGGUAAUCAGUGGGCUUAUGACUUUGUAAUAUUCAGGAAACUCAAAACACACUUAGUUGAUUACACUACAAAUACAAUAUCAUUGGAUCCAUUUAAGGACCACUUACAACAAUUAACAAGUUAAUUGACUGGGGAACUAAAGGCCCUUAUAAACCUUCCCAACUAAACUGAACCCUUUUUGCCUGCUAACCCAACUAACCCCUGCUUUAUUUUCGCAUAUGACAUUGUGUGUUUUAUCUUUUAAACAUUUCAUCUAUCCGAUAGUUUGAUUAUAUUCACCAUAUAGUUAUAUUUCGUAUUCGUUUGUCGAUUUCAUUGUGUCAAAAUUGAAUUGUUGUGCCUUUUUUUUUUCUUUCGUGAAUUACCUAUUUGAAUGUGUAGUUAUUACAUCUACUCCAAACCACUAUUAUGAUAGGACCGCAGAUUGGUUCUUGAAGUACAAUCUCGCCUACCUCUUCAAGUUGCAUGAGCUAUCAAACUCAUCUUAUAAACUGAGUAAAGACGACAUUACAAGUGUGAGUUUUGACUUUUGAGCGGACAAAUCAUCCCGCCAACCUCCAGAGAUAGAAUGUAACUUUAUAUCUACUUUCUAACUUCUUCUUUAUAUCUACUUUCUAACUUCUUCUCCUAUUUAUCUCUGUACUCGCUUAUGCCUCCAAUUAAAAAAUAAAACUUAUGAUCAACCAUUUACGAUUAUAAAAUCUAGUGGUUAGAUCCACGAAACCCACCACGUUUGUUUCCUAGGUUCAUCAUCACGAAGAGAGACAAAGCUAGGAAAGGAAUGAAAGAGUACCAAGAUUGAUGGGCAGAUCGGUUUGCCUGACCGAAUAAUGUUCUCUUCUCUCUAUAAAUGGAAAUAUGGUUGACUAAAGGCUAAUCGUGGUUAAGUUGAGAUAUAUAAUUUGCCUCAAUAGUUUUAAUUAUGUGCCUCUAAAAGUAUGAGAUAUACUACAAAUAUAUAAUUUACCUCAAC